GAGUUCAGAAGGAAAAGGAAUAAGCAGAGCUGUAGCUGAGACAGCACUUGUACUAAAGUAUUCUUUAACCACUUAAGUGUCACCUGAAGAGGGGAAAAAAAGAAUCUACAAGGAUUGGCAACAGGGUGGUCAUGUCUUCAUACUGAGCAAAUAAUGAAGAACCAAGCCCACCCCAGGCCCCUGCCAAUCACCUGACAGUAUGAACUGGAGAACAAGGAUUUAUGUUCUUUUCUUGGUGAGCCUCACUGUAGCCAAAGCCCUGCCCAGAAGUUCUCAGGACAUAGAGUUAAAACCCAGCAUUGUCCAACGUUUCUCCCAGCUGCAGGAGAAGAAUUUCAAAGCCAUUGCCAUGGUCAUGUUUGCUCAGUAUGUGCAAGGAGGCACGUUUGGCAAAACACUUCAAAUGGCUGAAGAUGUCACAGCCCUUGCCAAGAAGUGUGCUGCUGCCACCAGGGACAACCCAGACUGUCUGAAGCCUUUGAACAAGAUUUUCCUUGACACAAUAUGCCAGGAGGAAAAUCUUCCCAGGUUUGCUGAGUGCUGUGCUAAAAAGGAUCCUGAACGAAACGACUGCUUCCUCUCCCUUAAAAACUCAUCAGGAGGCUUCAUCUCACCUUUUGAAAGGCCAAAUGCUGAAGCUGCCUGCAGAAAUUAUUCACAGCACCAGCAUCCAUUGACAGGAUAUUUUAUCUAUGAGGUUUCCAGGAGACAUCCUUUCCUCUAUGCCCCAACAAUCCUUUCUGUUGCUCUUGGGUAUGAGGAGAUGAUGAAAAGCUGCUGUGGGAGUGCUGAAGGCCCCACUCACAACCUGGAGGAAUGCUUCCAGAGACAGGCACCAAAGGUGGUGAAGCCACUAAAAGAAGAUGGCCUGAGGCAGGAACACACAUGUGGGAUCUUGAAGAAGUUUGGAGAAAGGACCCUGAAGGCCCUGAAACUUGCUCAGAUAAGCCAAAAAUUCCCUAAAGCUGAUUUUGUCACUGUGAGCAAACUUGUGGUGGAUAUCUCUGACAUGCACAAGGUCUGCUGCCGUGGAGACAUGCUGGACUGCAUGCAUCAUAGGGAAGAGAUUCUACACUACGUCUGCACCAACCAAGACAUCCUUUCAAGUAAAAUUAAGAAGUGCUGUGAAAAGCCUCUGUUACAGAGAAGUGAAUGCAUAGUGAAUGCAGAAAAUGAUGACAAACCUGCAGGCUUGUCCCCCCACGUCAGGGAGUUUAUAAAGGACAAAGGAGUCUGUGAGCGUUUUGCCCAGGAAAAAGAUACACACUUAGCCAGGUUUCUGUACGAGUAUUCCAGGAGACACCCGGAGUUCUCUGCUCAGAUGCUGCUAAGGAUUGGGAAGGGCUAUGAGGAUCUGCUGAAGGAGUGCUGCAAGCCUGGGCUGCCAGGAGACUGCUGCAGCAGAGGGGAGGAAGAACUGAAGAAACACAUUUAUGAAACUGAGAGUGUCAUGAAGACAAGCUGUGACAUUUACAAGCAGAAAGGAGAUUACUAUUUCCAGAAUGAGCUUCUCGUGAGCUUCACCAAGAAGAUGCCUCAGCUGACAUCUGCAGAGCUGAUCAAAUUCACCAAGCAGAUGACUGCAGUUGGUUCCAAGUGCUGCCAGCUGAGCCAGGACAAGCUGCUGCCUUGUGCUGAGGAGAACCUGGAUCUUGUGCUUGGAGAAAUCUGCAGAAGACACCUGACUGAUCCUAUAAACCCAGGAGUUUGCCACUGCUGUAGCAGCUCCUAUGCUCUCAGGAGGCCCUGCAUGGGGAAACUUGAAAUCGAUGAGACCUAUGUGCCCCUGUCCUUGACUCCUGACCUCUUCACUUUCCAUGAAGACUUGUGUACAGCUGAAGAGGAGAAGUUACAGCACAAGAAGCAGGAAAUGCUGAUCACCCUCAUCAAGUACAAGCCCCAGCUCACCCAGGAGCAGCUGGGCUGGGUCACAGCUGCCUUCACUGCCAUGAGGGAGCAGUGCUGCAGGGAAGAAAACCACCAGGAGUGUUUUGCAACAGAGGGUCCAGAGCUUAUAAAAAGAAGUGAAAAAAUGUUGUCAGGAUAAAGAGCUGGCCUGGCACAUCAGAAGCUACUUGCUGAGCCACCCAAGCCCCACAGACCUUGCAGUGAGCACAUCUUGUCUAAAUGGUCAUGAAGUAUCAAGAGGAACAUGUGAUUUGUCACAGGACAAAACCAUUCCCUGGCUCCUUACUCACAAAUCUAACAAAGUCUUGAUAGUUCUCACCAGCUACAGCUCUGACACUCUGAGGGUGAAGGAGGUGCCUGGGGAGGAGCCAUCCAGCUCCUCAUCCUGCUGCUCACCCCCAGACCUCCCCUGGACAUUCAACCUCUGUGUCCUGUUCAGGGGGGGAAGAAGCCUGUAGGUAAAAUUCAGACCUGUCUCCUGUCCCUUUGACUCAAGAUGAUCAAGGAUGUGUAAACCUUAAAGCAACCAACACAAGGAACUUCCAACCAGUCCAGGGAGGGGGGUUGUGCAUCAACCACCCUGCACGGGUCAGCCCACAAGCACUGAGAGAAGGCACCAGGAGACUGUCAAGUCCACACUUCAGAGGGUUUGACACAAACAGCUUUUGGUUUUUUACAUUCUUUUUUACGUUAAAAGAAAUUAGAAGGUGUGUUAAAAAUCAUAUGUCAAAAACAGUAUGAAA